AUGCAGGAUCAACGCUUACGCAGCCUCCCCGACGAUAUUGCUACCAGGACGCUACCCGUUAACGAUCUUAAUAUGCACAUACACGAGGCUGGCGACCGUUCAAAUCCACUCAUUCUCUUCUUGCAUGGUUUCCCAGAGCUAGCAUACUCCUGGCGCAAAGUUAUUCUGCCCGUAGCGCACAUGGGGUAUCAUGUUGUUGCUCCAGACCAGAGAGGCUUCGGGCGGACCACCAUGACUCAGUGCUCAGGAGACCAGAUCCGAUAUGAAGACGACUGGCGCAGCUUUCAUGUACAGUCCUUGGUCAGGGACAUCUUGGCUUUGGCCUUCGCUUUGGGACAUCGGACUGUUGCCGCAGUCGUUGGCCACGACCUAGGCUCCAUCGUAGCCGCUCAGUGUGCUCUGAUUCGCCCCGAUGUCUUCCAUUCCGUGGUGAUGAUGUCUGCGCCCUUCCCGGGACCACCUUCUCUACCAUUCGACAUCGAUGCAACCAGCCCUCCUCCACCACCGAUCACUAUUUUCUCCCCGCUCAUACAAAACCAGCUUGCUGGGCUGAACAAGCCACUGAAAUAUUACAUGACCUAUUUCGCCGGACCAGAUGCCAACCACGACCUCCUCAACGCACCAGAGGGCCUUCAUCAGUUCUUACGCGCUUACUUCCAUACCAAGAGCGCUGACUGGUCGGGAAAUAACCCACAUCCCCUUCUAUCAGUAGAGGUGUCAGAGAUGGCAAAGUUGCCUUGCUACUACAUGAUGCCACUUCACAGUACUAUGCCACAAGCCGUCGCGCCGUACACCCCGUCUUCGCAAGAAGUGGCAUACAACCGAUGGUUACCUGACAGCGAAUUGGCCGUGUAUACGGCAGAAUAUCAGCGCACUGGAUUUCAGGGCGGAUUGAACUGGUAUCGUUCCUGGCAUCCCGAAGUUCAGCGGGAGCUCGCCCUAUUCGCCGAGAGGAGAAUUGACGUACCAGCGAUGUUUUUGUCGGGUGAGAAGGACUGGGGGGUGUUCCAACACCCUGGUGCCAUGGAGAAAAUGAAGCAGCGCGCAUGCAGCAGGAUGGAUGACGAAGACGUUGUCGUGAUCGAAGGUGCUGGGCAUUGGGUGCAGCAGGAACAGCCUGAGAUGGUUGUGCACCACAUCCGACGAUUCUUACACAAAGUGCGCGUAAUUUCAUCUUUUUACCGAGUCACCGACAGACCUGACUCGGGAAUCAGUACACGUCUGCAUCGAAUUAGAGAGCGCCUGAGUGUAUUGACCAGGGCUAAUCUCACGGUAUUUAAUGCCUUCCUUUCCUGA